GCAUUUCAGACGAAAGCACGCACAGGUGCGAGGGUUCUGGCACAAACAUUGAGAUUGUAUAGGUACGGGCUCAAUGCGGCCAAAAAAAAAUCGCGAUUCAUCACUUGGAUUUUGCGAAAGAAAAAAAAUAGAUGCAGUAGCGUCGUUAAACCAACCCGUAUAUUAGGGGUAUUUCACUUAAUGACCAUUGGCGCUAACAGUGCCACGUGGUCGUUGGCAGGAAGCCGGCUCCGCCACAAUUUUCCAGGCGUCUAUACCAACGACAAUUUCAUGAACAAAAAGCACACCUGCGCAAUGAAUAUAGCUACAAAGUGCAAUUCGGUAACCUCAAACCACAAUAGCAAAGGCGAUAUACUGAGUUCAUAAGCACUUCCCGCUCGACUAGACUUCAGUCAUUGUCAAAAUGGCUGGCUUGGGCGAGGCUGCAAGCAUCAUUGCCGUGAUCCAGAUUUCGGGAAAGGUUUUUGACCUGUGUCAAACAUACUACUUGGGGGUGAAGGAAGCUCGAAAGGAUAUCCAACGCCUUCGGGAAGAAGUAAUGUUGCUCCAGGAUAUUUUGACAAAUGUGGCAGACCUGGCUGAAGAUCCAGGUACAGCCAAGCAAUUAAUCCUGAGCCUUCUCAAUCAACAAGAUGGGCCAGUUCAGCAGUGCCAGAAAGAUCUGACAGGGCUAAUUGCAAAAUUAGAGCCUGGCCAGGCGAAGGAUAAGAUGAAGCAAUUUGGGUUGAGAGCUUUGAAGUGGCCUUUUACCAGCAAAGACGUUGAGAAGCUUCUCGUCAUUACUGGAAGAUACAAGGUGACGUUUAAUCUGGCGUUGACUGCGGAUCAUGUGGGUCUAGCUCGAGCACUCAAGUAUAAUGUGGCGAGAUUAAGUGAUAGCGUGGUAGAGUUGCAGGCCGGGCAAAGAACACUUGUUGCACGGGAGGUCCAGCAAUGGUUAUCAUCGCCAGACCCUUCUUCAAACCACAACGCCGCCUGCAAAAAGCGACAACCAACGACAGGAGCAUGGUUCGUCGGAAGCGACGAGUUCGAGGAAUGGAAAAUGUGCGCAAAUUCCUUCCUCUGGCUACAAGGCAUUCCUGGCUGCGGGAAGACUAUUCUGUGCUCAACUAUUAUUGAACAUAUCAGGUCUAUCUAUGAAUCAGAUCCUGCAGUCGCAAUCGCCUACUUUUACUUCGACUUCAAUGACAACGAGAAGCAACAACAUGAGAAAUGUUUACGGUCCCUGAUCGAACAACUCUCUGUGCAAUCUGUGAAAUCUAUGGAUGCCCUGAACAUCCUCUUCGCUCGCAGCAAAGAUGGGCAGCAGCAGCCGACAACAGAUGCUCUUUUGUCGACUCUACAACAUAUUCUAAGAGAUUUUCAGCAGACAUUCAUCAUUCUUGACGCGUUGGACGAAUGCAAGGAAAGGGAAGCACUCCUAAAGCUGCUAGAGAAUACUAUGGACUGGAAGGUUGAGAAUCUGCAUAUAUUGGCCACAAGUCGGAGGGAGAGAGACAUUGAAGAGACUCUGGCACCUUUGGCUACCGACCAGAUCUGCAUCCAAAGUGCCCUUGUCAAUGCUGAUAUUCACGUUCACAUUUGCGACCGGCUUCAGAACGACCCAAAACUGAAUAAAUGGCCUGCAAAUGUUCAAAGAGAGGUCGAGAAGACAUUGAUGGAUGGAGCCCAUGGGAUCUAGGGUCACGUGCUUGCAAUGUAAACCAAGUAAAACGUACUGAAUUGACUGCUGUUCUACAGUGCUGAACCGAUUACAGCU